UAGACCACCGUAUAUAUAUACCCCACAACCAAAUCAUCCACUCAAUUGUCGAUUUCCACGACUGUCCGAUACCAGACGUUAUUCUAAGGCUUACAACAAUGUCACCAUCCUCGACUGAAACAAUUACAUACCCACCGACGGCGCAUAUUUCGCCUGAUGGAGCAGAAGAAACUGUCAUCUCUUCACAACCUAAACCUGCGAUGGGUAUGACCCCACAGGGUGGGCAAAACGAGGAAACUGAAAAGGCUGAGCGCCUCCGAGGAGGAUGUAUUCCUUGUCCUGGGGGUAUUUGCUGGAUCAUCCCUAUUCCCUGUUGCUGCUGCUGAGUUUGCAGAGCAACGGUGAGGCGGAGAGGACACUAUCGCUGUAAUUUCAAUAACAGCGCGCAGCAUUUUGG